UUCUGGAAAUGCUGUUCCAGAAAACCUGUUCUGGGAAGGCUGUCCUGGAAGUCUUUUUCUGGAGAGGCAGCCACGAAGUUCUCUCUGGGUAGGGUCUAAAAACCUGUUCUGGAGAGGCUGGAAGGCUGCGCAAAAAGGCCGGGCUUGGAAAGGCUGCUUCAAAAAUUGCGCCCUGGGGGGGCUGUCCCAGAAAACUUGAUCUGGAAAGGGUUUUCCAGAAAACUUGUUCUGGAGAGGGUGUUCCAGAAAACCUGUGUUGACAAGGGUGCUCCAGAAGUCCUUUUCUAGCGCUGCUGUUCCAGGAAACCUGUUCUGGGAAGGCUGUCCCAGGGGUCGGGUCUUGUUCUGGGCAUGCUGUGUCAGGACUUUAUUUGUUCUGGGUAGGGUUCACAGUCUUUAUCUCUCGGUCUUUAUUUAGGAUAUUUUGAAGUGAUUGCGUCUAGGAAGGAAGUGUCACAUAUUCGGUUUCGCUAGGAUUUGAGUAUGUAAGAUGUCUUUGUCUAUUGUCUAGUAAAAGUAGAUAGUAAUAGUAGAGUGAACAAGAAAAAGAGGAAAACAAAGGUACUAUCUUGACCAGCUUAGCUUUAGAAAGGGGCUGUACUACUACCACUGGGAAGGAAAUGGUGCGAUAGCUAGAAAGUCUGUCCAAUAUAAUGCAAGGCCAUUUUUCUGAUGAUUGUUGGGGCUUUUUAGGAACGAGUCCAGUCUGUUAGCUUAGUAUUCUCUUAUUUAGUAAAUAGAGUGUGUCAACAUCAACAGAUGACUAGACGAAGUGGCGCGAUUCUGAUGUCGUCGAGUCUCUCUGCAUUGCAAAGUUGAAAGAAGAAAGAAAUUGCAAAGAAAACAAGAAAGGCAGAGAGGGACCUCCUCCGUCUUGAACAAAGUAGGGUGGUGGGAACAAGGGACACGUGCUUGAUGAUUGAACAGUUGAUUGAUAGUAGUCUCAAACUGUCGGAGUAAAAAAUGUGAGUAUCGCUCUUGUGUUACAAUCUUGAAUCUACUACAGAUGGAUAAUAUUGCCAGAGUAUAAUCACAGAAAAGGGAGUAUUGGCAGACACUGCCACGUCUAAUUGUGUACUUGUAUUGACGUCCUCAUCCCCCAGAACGAAGAGUAUAAUCUUCCAGGACAGUAAAAGAAAAACUGCGUCAUUGAUGAAACCACACUGAUGCCGACCAACAGCGUGAGCGU